GCCUCGGUUGUCCAAAUUCACAGGACUGGACGUUAAGUGUAUUAACCAUACAUCGAACGAUUUCAGUUAUUGGUUUGAUUAACAAAUCAAGAGACUCUUUAAAUCGUUCUACUGUCGGUCCGUGAUCAUGGCAUCACUUUCGAAGUCGCGAUCCAUGUCGAAGAGGCAUGCUGCACCCGUGGUCACUGUCGUCGCCGACCUCGACUUGGAUAGCUGGGAUGACAGUUGGGGUGAUAGUGACUUGGAUGACCUGAGUAGUUUGGAUGAUGAUUUUUUUAAUCUGGAAGCCGACGAGGAGACGUCAACGCUCAGCAGGGCGAAGUCAGUCAAGAAGAAACAGAAUCAGAAGAAAUCUGUUGUACAGGUCGCGAGGGCGGGCCAACUUGCGGAGCUUCAGGAGCUGCUGAAUGGUAUGGACCCGAGCGACAGAGCCGACUCAGUGUCGGAGCACGACGCCAAGAACUACAGCGCGCUCCACUACGCGGCCCACAUCGACAACCUAGACAUGGUGAAGCUCCUGGUUCAACAUGGGGCAGACGUCGACGAUGUGGGUGAAGCUGAUCGUCGUCCUCUUCAUUUAGCGGCUGGUGCAAAGAAAGACCUAGCAAAAGUUGAAGCGGCCACAAGGAUGUCGAAACUUCCCGAUGAAGGCGUCGUGAAAUUCUUGUUGUCGAAAAAUGCCGAUGUGAAUGCUGAGGACAGCAGAGGGCGCACUCCACUUCACAUCGCCACUUUACAAGGCAACACUGAAGCUGUGUUUCACCUUCUUUCUAAGAGUGAUAACGAACUAAAUAAAGCGGAUAAUCGCCAUACGACCCCGUUAUUGCUGGCAUGUCUUUACGGGAAGAUCGACAUCGCCACCCUCCUCAUCAACAAGGGAGCUGACCUGAUGGUGUACGAUGACAAUCUCGACACUCCGCUCCACAUAGCCUUCAACGAGGGCAACAAAAAGAUCGCGAGGAAGAUCAUCGAAAAGGCAAAGGAGACCGAUAAAUUAAAAGAAGUUCUAAUCGAGACAAACAGUGACGGCGUUGCACCAAUCCAUCUAGCGGUGAGGGGAGGGCACAAAGAAUUGGUACAGCUCUCCCUCGAACAUGUGUUAAUGGCAAACCAAACGGACAGUAAAGACGAGGCGGACGACGACAGCGAUGAUUAUGAUGAAGAUGUGGUCAACUACGGGGGAGGAGAGAACGACGACACACCCCUGCAUGAGGCUUGCUCUGCUGGCCAUCUCGACAUCGUGAAGAUGCUGUUGGAAAAGGGCGCCAACAUCAACGUCACAAAUUGGGAUAACGAAACCGCGCUCCAUCAUGCUUGCAAAGAGAACCAUCAACUAGUGGCGGAGUUUUUGGUAGAAAACGGUGCUGACAUGAGUGCCAAGAACGAUGAACAGCUCACGCCCCUCCAGGUCGCGACCAACUCCGGUAGCUUCGACACUAUCAUCGGUCUGCUCGAUCGUAAUCGUAACUUGAACACGAGCACGACUACGAGUGAUAAUCAAGACGCGGCCUCGGAGCUCCUCAAGUGGGUGGCUACGGAGAACAAAGCAAAUACACUACAGCUUCUUCUUCACCACGGGGCUAAGCUCCAUGGCGCCAAUGAUGACACAAUCGCCGAAUUCAUUCUCGAUGCCGCCAAGAAAGGACACACAGAAACGGUAGCGGCAUUGAUCCGAUGGAAGAGAAGCGAAGUCGUUGAUAAGUGCGAUGACGUGGGUAACGCACCGCUCCACUAUGCCUCCGAGGCUGGACAUGACCUGACCGUUCAGGAGCUCAUCAAGGCGAAGGCUAACGUCAAUGAUACAAACUAUGACGAUGCACAAGAGCGUACUCCUUUGCACCUUGCAGCAGCCAAUGGCUGGAUAAGGACAGUCAAGCAACUACUCAAAGCUAAGGCACGAGUUGAUGAAACAGACCUGUACGAGAUAACACCUUUGCAUCUAGCCUGCAAGAAAGGUCACAUCGAUAUGGUGAAGCUCCUCGUCUAUGAGGAGAAAGCCGACAUCGUACUGCGUGACAAGCAGGGACUCAACUGCCUCGACUAUGCCAUCGACAACGGGCACGAGAACAUUGCCAAUUUGAUUUUAAGUCACGACAAAUGGCGAGAAGUGAUGUCUGUAUCCAGUCUGGAUGAUGAUACAUAUGAGAGGACUACACCCAUGAGAAAACUCAUCAAAAACAUGCCAGAUGUUGCUGAACGAGUCAUGGAUAAGUGUGUCAAAGUAUCGCCAGACGCAGGGCCAAAGGACAGUAACUUUUGGGUUGAGUUUGACUACGAGUUCCUCGAGGAUUCCUUCUCCCAUUGGGAUAGGCCAAAGGAUUCCGAUGAUGAAGAUGAAGAUGAUGAUGACGACGACGAUGAUGACGAGGAGGAAGAGGAAGAAGAGAAAAACGAUGACGAUGAUGACGACAACGAUGACGAGGAUAAAACUAAAGAGACUUCAUUCACCACUAAACCCAACGGGCAAUCUGCAUCUGACAGCGAGAUACAUAUCACAGUCAAAGAUAAAGCCGACAAAAUGAUUAACCCGAAGUCCAAGAAGAUCCCUGAAACUCCGGCGGCGCCGACGGGAGACCAGUACGACGAUCAUGGGCAUUUGAUGAAGAGCGCAAGGCCGUAUACGACCAGUUCAAAAGACAUUGCUGCUAACCAUCCUCUUAAUAUUAUGGUGACCUCAGAGCGUGCAGAUCUCUUGGGCCAUCCCCUUGUUUCCAGCCUGCUCAGUCACAAGUGGAGCCGAGUCGGACAGUACUUCUUCUUGGCCUCCCUCGGUUCGUACCUUCUCUUUGUUGCUAUGCUGACUGGUUACGUCAUCGUAGUCCCGCCUAGUUACUAUGUGCGACAAGCCAACCAGAGUGCGGGGGUAUCUUGGUUCGCCAACGGCGAACAAAAAUGGACUGCAGGGUUCCAUGAAGCUACGAUCUUCUUCUUUGGUCGCAUCGGUGAUUGGAUCAUACUGGUUCUUUCGUUGAUCAACCUGCUUCGGGAGUUAUCCCAGUUGCUUGUUCAGAGGAGGUCUUACUUCUGCUUCGGGAACCUAAUCGAGUGGUCUCUGUACGUCCUGGCCAUUCUCCUUGUCUUGCCACUUAGCGGGGUCCAGUACUUCAUGGGGGUUAGCCUACGACUGGGUUGGCAAUGGCAGUGCGGUGCAGUGGCUGUCUUCCUGGCAUGGAUCAAUCUCAUUCUCUUCAUCCGUCGCUUCUCGGGGCUGGGGAUUUACGUCAUCAUGUUCAUCGAUAUUCUACGGACAUUCAUGAAGUUCGUCCUCAUUCUCAUCCUCUUUGUCGUCGCCUUUGCGUUGGCUUUUUACACACUCCUCAUGAACCAGCAACCCUUUCACAGCGUGCAGUACUCUUUCGCCAAGACUUUUGUGAUGAUGAUCGGAGAGCUAGACUUUGGGGACAUCUUCCACAGUCAGAACUACCUCGCUACGGAGAACACUUUAGCUGAUGGUGAAGAAGACUUCUUCCUCACUUCUGUCUUUUACGAAGGCGUCACGUAUACCAUCUUCCUUCUGUUCCUCAUCAUCAUGUCCAUCCUCAUCAUGAACCUCCUGGUUGGUCUGGCUGUUGAUGACAUCCAUGCAAUUCAAGAAAAAGCAAAGCUUCAUCGUCUAGCAAUGCAGGUGGAACUGGUGAUGGAGGUGCAACGUGCCCUCCCAAUCUUCAUUUGGCGUUCGGCUGUCAUCAGGUUUAAACGCUUCAAUCUUAAUCGGUCGUGCUGCAAGGGACUGCAGAAGUGGUACCGUACGCUGACUGGAGACCAGAACCUCCUACGACAGGCCAUUCAGGUUUGCAACAAGACUACGGCACAGGGUGGAUUCUUGCACGAGGAAGUCACCACCGAACAACUGUUCACCAGCCUCAAGUAUCGCCUGAAGCGCAUUGAUACCAAAGUGGAGACAGUGAGCGAGAGGGUCGAAGAAGAGGGGCCGAAGAUUGUCCAAAUCGGAGGCGACAUGACCCAAAUCCGCGUCGAGCAGAAACAGAUGAAGGAUCGCUUUGACCGUCUCGAGAACAAAAUUGAUGCUCUCUUGAACCACAACAAAGUGAAAUGGGACGAGUCAAAGAUGGAUUCGAAAUAAAUGACAAUGAGCGAUUUCCAUUGUUCUUUAAUUAUUGACAACGGCCAUUCAAGAAAUAUAUAUACUCAUGAUCUCAGUCUGUGAAAUGCCGUUUAGUUUGACUUUCUUGAUCAGCGAUUGGGUUGUAUGAAAAAUGUCAUUUUUACAUUUUGAGAAUUUGAGGUUGUAUGAUCCAUGGAUUUUGAUAAUAGUCACAAUUGUAUAUCGAAUUAACACUACGUUUAAAAGUGUAAUAUAUUUCAUUUAGUAUUAUCCCGGAAGUAGACAAUCUACAUCGGAAUUUUACCAGGUACUACUUACUGUAAUUCAACCAUGCACAACAUGAUCACGAGAUUGCAUAUAAUUGUUAUCAUAAAGUAUUAUACAAAUAAUGAAUGGUUAUGAGUUCAGUAGUGCGAUAUUCGCAAUAUUGAACAAAUGAAAAACAUUCAUUAAUUGUUUUAUACAACAUCGAAGAAGAUCUAAUAGAACGUUAAUCAACAAAUU